UCCUUCAACAUGGCAGGCGGCGAGUGUGCAAGACCUCAGGGGCAACCGCAUUUAAUGCGACAAGACCUCGAUAAACUAGACAUCAACAAGUUGACACCCUUUACCCCUGAGGUCAUUAGCAGGCAAGCUACCAUAAACAUAGGAACUAUUGGCCAUGUGGCUCACGGGAAAUCGACCGUCGUGAAGGCGAUUUCCGGUGUACAGACGGUCCGAUUCAAGAAUGAACUGGAACGUAACAUCACAAUCAAGCUUGGUUACGCUAAUGCUAAGAUAUACAAGUGUGAUGACGAAAAGUGCAUUCGUCCUGCAUGCUAUCGGUCGGCCGGCAGCAGCAAAGAGGAUGACUUUCCUUGUGACCGGCUUGGCUGCAACGGCCGGUUCAGGUUGCUGAGGCAUGUCUCCUUUGUCGACUGUCCGGGCCACGACAUUUUGAUGGCUACCAUGUUGAACGGUGCAGCUGUCAUGGAUGCUGCUUUGCUUCUGAUUGCCGGCAACGAGUCCUGCCCACAGCCCCAGACCUCGGAGCACUUAGCCGCCAUUGAGAUCAUGAAGCUGAAGCACAUCCUGAUUCUUCAAAAUAAGAUUGACCUUGUAAAGGAGUCUCAGGCCAAAGAGCAGUAUCAGCAGAUCCUUAAGUUUGUGCAAGGAACUGUGGCCGAGGGUGCACCCGUGGUUCCCAUUUCAGCUCAGCUGAAGUACAACAUCGAGGUUAUCUGCGAGUAUAUUGUCAAGAAGAUUCCCAUGCCUCUCCGGGACUUCGUCUCCGAGCCCCGCCUUAUUGUUAUUAGAUCAUUCGACGUGAACAAGCCCGGCUGCGAAGUCGACGACCUCAAAGGAGGCGUUGCCGGUGGCUCCAUCUUGAGAGGAGUGCUGAAGGUUGGCCAGGAGAUUGAAGUGCGGCCUGGCAUUGUGUCCAAGGAUGAUGAGGGAAAGCUGCUCUGCAAGCCCAUCUUCUCUCGCAUUCUCUCUCUCUGCACGGAGCAGAACGACCUCAUGUAUGCCGUGCCAGGUGGUCUAAUUGGUGUGGGUACUAAGAUCGACCCGACCCUGUCGCGAGCCGACCGUAUGGUGGGCCAGGUGCUGGGUGCUGUGGGUGCUCUGCCGGACAUCUACAUCGAGUUGGAGAUCUCGUACUUCUUGCUCAGGCGGUUGCUCGGUGUCCGCACGGAGGGCGACAAGAAGGGUGCCAAGGUGCAAAAGCUGUCCAAGAACGAGGUUCUCAUGGUGAACAUUGGCUCAUUGUCCACGGGAGGCCGUGUUCUGGCCGUGAAGGCAGAUUUAGCAAAGAUCAGUUUGACCAGUCCGGUCUGCACUGAAAUCGGGGAGAAGAUUGCCCUCAGCAGAAGAGUGGAGAAACACUGGAGGUUGAUCGGUUGGGGCCAGAUUCGACGAGGCGUCACUGUGAAACCAACAUCACAAGAGUGAGGUUCAAAGACAAAAGCAUCAGUUUAAUAUCAAGUUUAUUUUUUUUCUUUGUUCACAAAUAAAUAUGACGAAAAUGAUCACUAUUAUCUACAGUAGAA